UCUCAGGGAUUAUUAUGAUAUCGAUCUGUUUUGCACCAUGACUCAUCUGUUAGGAACUCAGGACUGUGUGGAGAGUCUGCGCAGAGAUGUGAUAGAUUUACAGGAAACGCUGGUGGAAGUGUUCUCGCGCACCGGACCGGUCCGUUUCCGGUCGUGGAAGUUCCCGGAUAAAGAGUCGUGUGAUUUGGACCUGGUGCAGCUGCUGGAGCAGUAUGACUAUGUGGAGGGAGAGGAGGAGUUCAACCAGCUCUCACACAUCGUGCUGUUUGAACUGGUGAUUGACAGGUGA